CUUAGGUGUGAGUUGCUCAUUAACAUUUCUUUUGUUUCCAAGGGUGGGAAAGGAAUUUGAGGUGUGAAUGGUCAUUAACAUAUCUUUUGUUUCCAAGGAUGGGAGAGGUCUGAGGUGUGAAUGGUCAUUAACAUUUCUUUUGUUUCCAAGGGUGGGAGAGGUCUGAGGUGUGAAUUGGUCAUUAACAUUUCUUUUGUUUCCAAGGGUGGAAGAGGUCUGAGGUGUGAAUUGGUUGAUUAACAUUUCUUUUGUUUCCAAGGGUGGGAGAGGUCUGAGGUGUGA